AAUAGUGAAUGUUAUAAAUAUGCAGAAACAGAGAAAUUGGUGUUGUUUAAAAAUAUGUGAUACAUAGGACGGAUAUUUUAGAAUUUUAAACGGGCACUAACGGAUAACAAAAUCUAAUUUAAUUUCAAAAUUGUAUUUUCUAAAAACAAACAAAUAAAUAUAUGACCCAUAUCCUGUUUGUUGGUUUUGCUAUGAUUUCACAAAUAUUGAAUUAUUAAAUGCCCGAUACAUGAAGCCGUUUCAAGAGAGAGUAUCUUUGAUGCCCGUCUCAAGUGGAUCCUUAAACUCUAACCCCUGCCGCUUUCGUUUACCUACGAACGAUCACAUGCGAUCCUCGAUCCAUAAGUCCCAGAUUAGAUAUUCGCCAAAAUCCGAAAUCCGGGCCAAGACAAUGCAUAAUGAGGAUUAAGUCCUUUGUGAUUUCUCUGACUGCUUAGAGAGAGUUGGCAAAUGGAAGUCCCCACUGCGAGAGAGCGUUUCAAAUGGCAAAUGCAUUUUUCAUUUCGCCACAUUUGCUUUUCGCAAUGAAACGAAAGAGCAGGGAAAAGGCAUUGUUCGACGAACGGAUGGAUAGAUGGAUGGAUGAAGGAAAGGAGGAGCGGUAGAAACUGCCAGUUUUCCUCUCGGCUUGCAUUUCCCUCUCCACAAUUAUCCUGUCAAACUUGUUUGCGCCGUCUCCCUCUUGCUCUACACCAAUUUUCCUUUCGCAUUAUGCUUUGACCAGAGCAUUCGCAUUAAAAGGACAACGCUCUCAUGCGUACGUGUUUCUGCGUGUGAGAGUGUGUGUGUGCGAGCGAGUUCUUUCGACGCCUGCGUCGCUAUCGUCCUGGCAUGGAACUGCCGUUCAGUCGACGCUUGCCGCUCAGACCGCUAAGACAUGUCGCGCCCGUCGUGAGUGCUUUUCGUUAGCUAGUACCUUCGCAUACACAUAUAUAUAUAUACAUCCUCGAAGAGAGAGCUGCCACCAAGUCAAAGACUGUAAAACGCAAAACAACGACGCCAUCAGAUGUUGCAGGAUAAUAUAAAAUAAAAUAAAUAAAACACCCACCCAAAACCAAAGCGAAAUCAUUCUACAAGAAUUGCAAAACAAAAGAGUGCUUCAAGUGUCGAAUCAAACAUCCAAAUUGUGCAAAUUAGUUACUGUUAGUUAAAAAAGGAGCAGAAGUUUCAUAUGCAAAUACACAAUAAAAUAAUGUGCAAUAAACUACAACUCAAUACAAACAAAAGCAAAACAGCAGCAGCAAAUAGAACAACAACAAAAAGCAAGCGUUACUCAUUUAGUCACACAAUUACUUUUGCCAUUUUGUUGGGAUUUACGCACGGAGAGCAUCGAAUAAACUAGAGAAGCAGAAAAAAAAAACUCAUCGAAGCACAUCACAAUUCCAGAUCGAAGCAUCGGACUCCGAGAGAAAGGUGUCUCGAAGAGUACAAAAGGAGGCAAUUCAGAAUAAAACGAAAACAAAGCUGUGAGAAAAAUGAAAAUGUCAGAGGUGCCCCGCAUCAUGGUCUUUCGACCCACCUGGGAGGAGUUCAAGGACUUUCCCAAGUAUGUAGCCUACAUGGAGUCUCAGGGCGCCCACAAAGCCGGUCUGGCGAAGGUGGUGCCUCCACCGGAGUGGGUGCCACGACGUAGUGGGUACGCCGAUUUGGAUGCCCUGAACGUCACAAUUCCGGCGCCCAUUUGCCAGGUGGUUACCGGCAAACAGGGCUACUACCAGCAAAUAAACAUACAAAAGAAGCCACUGACGGUCAAGCAGUUCAGUGAUCUGGCCAGCACCGAACGUUAUGCCACUCCCAAACACUUUGAUUUUGAGGAUCUGGAGCGAAAGUACUGGAAGAACAUAACAUAUGUGGCACCCAUUUACGGGGCAGAUGUCAGCGGUAGCAUCACAGAUCCCGACCAGGAUAGCUGGAACAUCAACCGGCUGGGCACUAUCCUAGACUAUGUGAACAAGGACUACAACAUACAGAUAGACGGUGUAAACACCGCUUACUUGUACUUUGGCAUGUGGAAGACGACCUUUGCAUGGCACACAGAGGACAUGGACCUGUACUCCAUCAAUUACCUGCACUUUGGGGCGCCAAAGACAUGGUACGUGGUGCCGCCGGAGUGCGGUCGCAAGCUGGAGAAGGUGGCCAACCAGUACUUUCCGGCCAGCUACAAGAACUGCAACGCCUAUCUGCGCCACAAGAUGACGCUCAUCUCACCGCAAAUUCUCAAGCAGCACGACGUGCCCGUCAGCAAGAUCACGCAGGAGGCGGGCGAGAUCAUGAUCACGUUUCCGUUUGGCUACCAUGCCGGCUUCAAUCACGGCUUCAACUGUGCCGAGUCCACCAACUUUGCCAUGGAGCGCUGGAUCGAGUAUGGCAAGCGGGCCGUGCAGUGCACCUGCAGCAAUGACAUGGUCAAAAUAUCGAUGGACACCUUUGUCAAGCGCUUCCAGAACGACCGAUACGACCUGUGGAUGGAGGGACGCGACGUUGGGAGGCAUCCGGAGGAUCCGAUGAACGGGGUGCCCAGCGCCGCUCCACUGCCACCACACCUAGAUGUCUUGCUGUGUGAUAAGAAAAUGAAAAAGCAAUGCAACCCCACCAAGGCCAAGAGCUUCAAGGAGCGUAAUCCCGAUCUGGAUCUGGAUGAAAUCCAGCAGAAUCCCAACGUGCCCGACGAUGUGAAGGCCAUGCUGAAAGAGAGCGUGCUCACACUGGACACCGGAGAUCUGGGCGUAGAAGAGGGCGACUUUCCGAACGAGGACGCCAUGAGCCUGCAAAGUCCGGCAGACCUGAAGACCAAGCAGGAGCUGUUGGAGUACAUAGACGACGGCACAGAAGACGACGACGAGGAGGAGGACUUCAAGCGGCGCAAGCAGAAGCGCCGGUACGAUGCCGACUACGAUGAUGACUGGCUGGCGUCGAAACGCAGGACGCACUCGCGGAAUAGCAGUCGAGGUCGCAGUCCGCGGACCAAGGACGACCGCUCCAUAUCGCCGGCAUCCUCGACAUCGUCGACGUCGCGGGGGGCAAGGCGGGGCAAGGCCAGUAGCACGCCCCGCAAGACUCCGACGAGACGGAAAAAGGACUCUAGUGCCACAUCGCCGGCGGCAGCCACAGUCGCUGUCGCAAAAUCGCCCACAGCAGCAAUUGCAGCUGUGACACCAACACUAACCAUAGCAGCAGAUGGCAGCGGAGAUGCCAAAAAGGAGCAGCCGUCGUUGCAAUUUAUGCAACAAUCGCGUAAAUUUGAGGGAAAGAUACCAAAACUAAGUCAGCCGAGUGCCGGAGCAGCAGGAGCAGGAGUAGGAGAAGCAGCAGGAGCAUCCACAUCCAAGUCUAGUCAAGAGCAGCAGCAACAGAUUGUCUACGUCAACAUGUUGCCCGCGGCCAAUACCCUUAAUGGCAUUCCACAGCAGCAGCAGCAACAGUACGGCAGUACGGACGGCAAUGUCUAUCAGCUGCAAAAUGAAAUACUCUGUGAUGCAAACGGACAUGCCGUAACUGCCGCCACGGCUUCAUAUCAAACUACGGCCAGUAGUCCGCAGCAGCAGCAGCAGCAACAGAAUGUUGCAACUAGUGUUGCCGACAAUGUGGUCACAACUAUUAGUUCGUCCUCCAUCCUGCACACGAACGCCAACACCAACGGAGUGGACACGAUCACCGCCACCCACGCCCAGCAGCAACAGCAACAGCAGCAGCCACAGCCACAUUACCACUACAUCACCACCACCGGCGAGGAUGGACAAACCCCGACCACCAUAGUGUUCGAGAACUACAACGGCGGAAUGCCGGCAGUGAGUUCCGCCGCUCCAACGCCCGUUCCCGUGCCCCAGGGCAAUGUGCCCGCGACCACGACCACCACCGCGCUGGUCAACACGGACGGCACGAUCAUCGAGUUCGACGGCAGCACGUACGAGGAGUACCACGUGCUCAAGAGCGAGCCUGGCAGCAGCGACUGCCUGAGUAACGGCAGCAGCGCCGUGGCCGCCGACAUCAUCAAGUACGAGCCCCAGCACGGGAUCGUCGGCGACGAGGAGGACGAGGAGGAGAGCGGUCUGCUGCAGGUCAAGUACGAGGAGCAGAGCCUCGAACACGACCAGGAGCACGAGCACGAUCCGGAGCAGGAGCAUGAGUACGAGGAGUACCAGGUGAUCAAGGCGGAGGUGGAGGCCGAGGCGGCGGAACAGGCAGCCGGCACCACCAGCUACACGAUCAGCCAGGACCAGCAGAGCUCGGCCACGACGUUGAUGAACUCGAUGGUGCCCAAGUCGGGAUCGGCGGCGGCUGCCAAGCAGAAGCGCAAGCGCAAGACGCGCGUCAUCGCCGACGACGAGCAGGGCGAGUACCUGGAGAAGAUGAGCGUGCGUGGCCUGGACAUUGCCCGCUACGAGCACAUCAUCGACGGCGUGGCCUACUGCCUGGUCUGCGCCAAGAACGACAUCUUCAAAACGUUCAAGAACAAGUACAGCUUCCAGCGGCACGCCUACCUCUUCCACGAGGGCCAGAACCGCAAGAUAUUCGCCUGCCCCAUCUGCAACAAGGAGUUCUCGCGUCCCGACAAGAUGAAGAUGCACAAGAAGGACAAGCACGGCGACGUGCCCAUGCCGCCCUCGGCCACCACGACGCCGCUGAAGGCCGAUGGUCCGCCGGCGAAGCGAGCGCGUACCGCCCGCACUCCGCGUGUCCGCAAGUCGAAGGCCGGCGACGCCAACACACCGGCCAAGAAGCGCCUGGCGCAGAUCGACAGUGUGCUGGACGACGUUCAGAAUGGGGACUCCCUGGCCCUGACGCCGGUUAGUGCGAGUCACUCGCAGCAGCAACAGCAGCCGAUGCAACACAGCCUGACCACCACGCUGGCUCCCUCGACGCCCGCACAGCCGCAGCACCAGCUGCAGACGCUGCCCUCGCUGGACUUCAGCGGGAUGAUCCUGCCGGGUGGGGCCCAGCUGGCGCUAGCCAAUCCGGGAGCCACCAGCUCCGUGGGACUGCAGCGAGGUCCAGGAACGCCAAAUGGCGGACAGGCGGCGGCGCCCACCACGACGCUGAUCUACUCGAACCAACUGGAGUUGCAGCAGGCGCUGUUGCAGCAACAGCUGCACGGGCAGAGCAUCAUGAUCCAGGACCAGGCCGGCAACCUGGUGCCGCUUCAACUGGACGGAACGCAGGCGAUAUAUGCAACGGCGCCGCAGGCACAGCGCCAGCAGCCCACGGCGACCACAUAUCAGACGACCCAGCAGCAACAACAACAGCCCCAGCAGCCCGCCACCCAGUCGCAGCAGCAGCCGCACUACGAGCUGGACAACGUGACCUAUCUGAGCUCCACGGCGGCGGCCACUCCGGCAGUGGCCGAGCAGCAGCAGCAGCAGCAACAACACCAGCAGCACCAGCAGCAGCAUGUGAUCGGCACGGUUCAGAGCUACCAGAUCCUGACGCCCGACGGCCUGCAGAACUUCCAGCCCAAACUGGAAGCGGCCGAGCUGGGCGACCUGUGUCCCUACUCGCAGUACACCUUCACGACGCACGCCGGCGCGCAGCCCACGCUAAAUGCGAACGCGCUGGACGCGCAGACCCAGCAACAUCAGCACCACCAGCAGCAGCAACAGCACCACCAGCAGCAACACCACCAGCAGACGCAACUCCUUCAGCAGCAGCCCUUCGCCACGCACCACAAUCCGCACCAGCAGUUCAUGGAGCUGAAGAACGAGCUGCUGAUCAAGGGCGGGGACGCCUACGCCCUGGACACCGCCUCCAUGUACCACCUGCCCUUCUCGCCCACCUCGAUGAUCAAUGCGGUGAACGAUGUGAACACCUCGUCGCUGCUGGAAACCAAAGAAAUUAGCAGCAGCAAUGGCAAUGGCAGUGGCAGCACCAGUAACAACAAUGCCACCGCUAACAACGUGGCCGCCGUGGUGAGCAGCAGCGCAAGCAAUGGCCCCAAGCCGGCGGCAAAGAAGACUCCUGUCAUCCUGCUGGCCGCUCGUGGUGCCACCAAGCAGCCGCCCCUCAGCAUCCUCAAUGGGAAUGUCAAGGCCGGAACAGGAAGCGGUACCGGAGGCGUCACGUUGGUGCGCGUCAAUGCCUCCAAUCGCAACCAGCGCCAAGUUAUCGUCGCACCCGAAUCGGUUUCUGUGGAGCAGCAGCAGCCUGUGGCCGAGGAAGAGCUACUGGCCGAUGACGAGGAACUCGACGACGACGACCUGGACGAAGAUACAGACGCUCUGGAUGCGCUGUCCUCCUCGACUGCCCAAAUCUUGCGAAAGUUCCGCAUACCCAAGGGCACGGCCGUGACGGCCAAGUCGGGGGACAACUACCUGGCCAUGCCCAUGCCCACGCCCACACCCUCGCCGCCGGGCGCCGUCAACCUGGUUAGCUCCGGCGUUGAGGCCUCCGCUUACUUAGAGAACGAGGAUGACAUCAUUGAGGAGCUAAACGAGGACGAUCUGGUCGAGGAGAUAAUUGACGAGGAGCCCAGCGAGGAGCAGUCGGAGUUGCAGGAGGCGACGACCACUGAUGGUCUCGACUUGAGCAGCACGAACAACGGGGCCACCACAACGGGGGCCACAAUGCUGUUGGCUGCCCCCCAGCCGCCUCCACUGCAGCUGCAGACAGUGGCCUCCAACGGUACGGUGACCUGCUUCAAUCUCCCGCCCAAUACCAUCCUCCUGCAAUCGGCCGACGGCAGCAUAAUCGCCGCCACCCAGGUGCCGCAUCCCAGCAAAGCCGGUCAGCACCAGUUGAUUGCUCUGCCGGGCAACGUGGCCAUGGCCACCAACGACUCGACGGCCCAGGUCCAGGCCACGGCGACGCCCCAGGCCACGCAGACCCUGCUCCUCACGGCUGACGGUACGGCCAUUCCCAUCAUGGCGACCACUCCCCAGCAGCAGCAGCAACAGCAGCAGCAGCAACAACAGCAACAGGCCGCCGCUGCUGCUGCUGCUCAGUUGUUCGCCGCGUAGGGGCUAAUGGGUGGCCAAAUGGGUCGAUUUUUGAACAGUGCCACCAUAAUGCCGACCACUUACUUCUUUUAAAACGCUCAGAAAGAUUCAGCCGUGAUUCGGUUGCUCAUGGGACAAAGCUGAAGCUAAGCUUUGUUCUGUCAGCAACGUUUUUGUGUUUAGAUUUUAGAACACGUUAAAAAUCGUCACAUUUGGCCACCAAUUGCCGGAAAUGGGAAAGGAAUGCUUGUAUUGUAAUAAAAUGAAUAAUAACUCAAACAUAAGCCAAGCUAAACUAACUGAUAUUACCACAAUGUUGGAUGUGCAUACAAAAUUUAUUUUUUUAUUCAAAAACCAAAUGCCUACAAGAAUACAAAUCAAAUGUUGUUCAACACACAGUCACACACGCGAAUGGUGUUGCGGAAGAAUCAAUUAGGUACGUUUCAAGGCAUACUUAAGAGCAUCGUAAAGUUAAAUUAUUUUUACGCCUAAGCUAAAUUAAACGUUUAAGUGCAAAGACGAGACACACACCCCAAACCAGUUGUAACUAUUUGACCUGCCUACAGAGCGGGCAAAAAUAUGUUUAGCCUAAUUUAGUUCUGAGAGAAACGUUUCGUUUUAUUAAAGGAAAACUGACUUUUGUAA